AUGGCUGCUAAAAAUUCGCUCCCCUCAAUACACCGCUAUAUCACGACGCACUCGGCGUCGGGGAUAUCCCGCUUUGACAAGACUAUUCCAUCGAAGGCUCUCUGGCGCCACGUCCCUGAGGCGUCAUUCUUCCUUGCCUAUACGACUAAGUCUUUCCCAGUUACAAUCGGAGAUGACGCGGACCUCGACGAUUAUACAAACGCGUUCGCAUCGCCACCGAAGGUUACAGUUUCCGGUGGCACUGUACUACGAGUCAUGGACAUAGGGCCCGGUGUCUCCUCGCCAAUGCACCGGACUGUAAGCCUUGACUACAGUAUUGUGCUCGAAGGAUCCCGCUCAUAUGGCUUUGCAGAAUCAGUAUCGAUAGAAGUCAGCAAUGCAGUCGCUCGAAGGGCAUUACCGAAUGCGCCAAACGGAUAUGCACCAGAAGGAAGCGCAUGUCCCUCUCCAGAGCCUGUCAUACGAAGUGGGAGCACGCUCUCCCCAGAUGAAACAUCAUGGCUCGCCAAACGACGAAAUCAGACACAAGCAGCUAUGAUUGAUCUGUUCAGUAGGAUCAAUGUCAAGGACUUCGACGCCCCAGGUUUCCUCAACAAUCAAGCCAAAAAUGUAUCUGCUUUGCCAAACAUAGGCAUCGCAGUAUCGGGCGGUGGUUACAGGGCAAUGAUGAACGGCGCUGGUGCGGUCGCUGCCUACGACUCCCGGACAGCAAAUUCCACUGGAGUGGGUCAUCUCGGCGGGCUCUUGCAAGCUACUACAUACAUUUCUGGGUUAAGUGGUGGCUCCUGGCUUUUGGGUUCCCUGUAUAUGAAUAACUUCACCACCGUCCCAGCUUUGCUAAGUGACAACACGGGAACACUAUGGGACUUGGACUACUCUGUCUUGGAAGGACCGGCUACAAUUUCAAAUUACUGGAGGACACUGGUGAACGAUAUUACCGAUAAGGAAGAUGCUGGGUUUAAUACUUCCAUCACCGACUACUGGGGCCGAUCAUUAUCAUAUCAGUUUAUCAACACCACGGAUGGAGGUCUAAGCUAUACGUGGUCAUCUAUAGCCCUUCAACCUGAGUUUAUAGAGGGCCAGAUGCCUUUGCCACUCGUUAUAGCGGUCGAACGAACACCAGACCAAUUAGCGAUUGCCUCAAACACACCGAUAUAUGAAUUUAACCCUUGGGAACUCGGUACAUUCGAUCCUAGGAGCUACGGGUUCGUUCCCUUAAUGUAUCUCGGGUCGAACUUCUCCGCUGGCAAGCUACAACAGAAUACCUUAUGCGUCCGCGGAUUCGACAAUGCUGGAUUUGUCAUGGGAACUUCUUCAUCCCUAUUCAACCAGGGCUUCCUAGUACUCAAUGGGUCGAACCAAUCUUCUAUACUAACGGAAGCAAUUACCCAAAUACUUGAGGAAAUUGGCGAGGACAAUAACGACAUUUCGCUGUAUUCCCCCAACCCGUUCCACCAAUAUAACGUCGAAACAAACCCUAGCGCGGAAUCGACUACGUUGGUUUUAGUUGAUGGAGGUGAAGAUCUCCAAAAUAUACCCUUCCAUCCGCUUCUUCAGUCUAGCAGAGAGGUCGACGUAAUAUUCGCUAUUGACAGCUCAGCAGACGUCGAGACCCGUUGGCCAAACGGCACAAGCAUAGUUGCAACUUAUCGACGAAGUCUAAUUUCGACGGACAAUGGCACCGCGGCCUUCCCUUCGAUCCCAGAUCAAAGCACAUUCGUCAAUUUGGGGCUCAAUUCAAAACCCACAUUCUUCGGCUGCGACUCGAAAAACAUGACAGGCGUUGGUCCGCUCAUCGUGUACCUCCCUAACUCGCCCUAUUCUUAUUUUUCGAACGUCUCUACUUUUGACCUUGAAUAUAACGACACGGAGCGUGACGGGAUUGUCCAAAACGGGUACAAUGUUGCAACAAUGGCGAACGGGACAGUCGACGAGGAGUGGCAAACGUGUGUCGGCUGUGCAAUUCUUAGCAGAAGCCUUGAGAGAACAGGUGUCGCAAUUCCGGCGACUUGCCAGCAUUGCUUUUCUACGUAUUGUUGGAAUGGCACCAUCAACGAUACUUUCCCCGGGCUCUACGAUCCCCAAUUGGUCGAGACGCCACAGAACGCGACGAGCAGCGGAGGAUCAAACGCAACGACGAGUGGAGGAAUAAAAUCGUACGGGGCAGCAAAUUUUCUGGCUGUUUCAUUCAUCUUCGGAGUGUGUGCCGUUCAGAUUUGGAUUUGA